AAAAAGCAUUUAUUUUCGCAUCCACUUGAAUUUGAUCUUGCAUACAAAAUGGAGCUACAUGUAGACCCUCUGACCCGAGUAUCUAUUACGUGGCCGGUUCUAUUUUUGGAGGUGGUAUCCAUAGAUUUUUGGAAUAGAACACGAACCGAAGGUUAUGGGUACCUGGAAUUACCAAGAACUACGGGUGAGCACGUGACAGUGGUCCACUGUUGGUUACCAUCUGGGGAAUCCGUGAUUGAGGAAUUGAGAAGAUUCUUUGUCGGUGGGACAAGUCAACUGGAAGAUGUAACCUGUACUGCCAUUCCUGGAAACCUCGAGAGCGAACAUUUGAACAAAUACGGACUCAGGACCAAAACAUCUGGAAACGUAGUGCUUCGCCUCAACUGCGCAGUCCAAAGCUGGUCCAACUUGCACAAAAUGGCUGACAAAAAGCUGGUUCAUGUCGACGAUGCGCAGGGAAAAUACGUGCUGUCCAAGUUAAAUGUUUCGGCAGUAAUAAAAGCCUACCAAAAGGCUAGAAAACGUUUGUUCGACAGCAGGAAGAGCAUGGAAAGCUUCGGUAAACUGUAUGCGAGUUAAACGGGAAGAAACAGGAAAGACGUACGUAGUAAAACCUACUUGAAUUGUUAGUUUUUUUUACAUCUUUGUCUACAUGCAUUACAAGCCAAAUACAAAAGUGAUACAGAUAUAAACUUUUGAAUACAAAGUUAAUACUUGAAUAUGCAACGGUAACAUUUUGUGGAAAAAGAAAACUUAAACAUCCGUGCGCUUCACUUUUG